AUGGCGUCCCCUCGCCGCGCUCACCUCCUCCUGACCAUCACCGUUCUGCUACUGCUACUCUGCCGGAUCAUACCGGCGUGGUCGCUGCCGGCGAACCCGUUCACGGCGAAGGCGGCGUUCAUCCGGUACUGGAACCGGAAGGUGCGCAGCAACCGCCCGCACCCGGCCUUCUUCUUCGCCAAGCUGUCCCCGCUCUCGGCCCCCGACGCGGCCGCGUUCUCCACCCUGGCCUCCGCGGGGAAGCUGGCCUCCCGCAUCCGCGACUUCUGCGCCGCGGCGUCGCUGCUCUGCCCAUCCACCCCCGCGGCGUCCUGGUCGGCGUCGUCCCCGUCCGUGGAGGGCGCCGCGGGCGGCGCCGCCUCCUCCGGCGCGGGCGCCGGCGCCUCUGAAGGCUCCCCCGCGCCGUUCAAGAACUACGAGAACGGCAACUUCAGCAGCUAUGGCAACAGCGGCGGCGGCGGCGCCGACCAGUUCGCCGUCUACUCCAGCGGGAAGAGCGGCCCCCUCGACUCGUUCAAGCGCUACGGCAAGGGAUCGCUGGGGCGGAACGACUCCUUCACCAACUACGAGGUGGGGGGCAACGUCGGGACGUCCAGCUUCAGCUCGUACACAACCGGCGCCACCGGCGGCGCCGGGGAGUUCGCGGGGUACGCUGGGCAGACCAACACGGUGGCCGCGACCUUCGCCGCCUACGACUCCAGCGGCAACGGGCGCGAGCACGAGUUCGCGAUGUACGCGCAGGACGCCAACGCCGGCGUGGAGAGCUUCACCAGCUACGGCAAGACCGCCAACGGCGCCGCCGAGUCCUUCAAGACCUACGCCAACAACUCCAACACGAUCGCCUCCGGCUUCAUCAACUACGGCGAGAAGGCCAACGGCUUCAACGACACGUUCGCGUCCUACGGCCUCGACGGGAACGCCCCCGAGAACACGUUCCGGAGCUACGCCUCCGGGAGCAACGCCGCCGUCGACGACUUCAAAGGGUACAGGGACCAAGCCAACAUGGGCGACGAUAGCUUCACCUCCUACGCGAGCAACGCCAAUGGCGCGGAGGCCGACUUCGACAGCUACGGCAAGUCGACCAACCCCGGGAGCGUGGCGUUCAAGGGGUACGGCCAGGGCUCGAACCCCAACCACCGCAUAGGGUUCACGCACUACUCCGGCGACAACACGACGUUCAAGGCCUACUCCAACGAAGGCGUCGAGUUCAAGGAGUACCAGAAUAUGUCCAAGAUGGAGGUGUCCAAGACGGCCGCGGCGGCGUCGGCGGCGACGGCGCUCGGGCACCGGCAGCCGAAGUGGUCACCGGAGCCCGGGAAGUUCUUCCGGGAACGCGACCUCAUGAUGGGUAACCGCAUGCCCAUGCCGGACAUCGCCGACAAGAUGCCGCACCGCGCGUUCCUGCCGAGGGACAUCGCCACGAAGAUACCUUUCGAGGAAGGCGCCGUGUCGGCGCUGUUCGGGGCGGCGCCGGGCACGGCGAUGCGGCAGGUGGUGGCGUCGACGGUGGCCGAGUGCGCGCGCGCGCCCAGCCGCGGGGAGACGAAGCGGUGCGCGACGUCGGCGGAGGACGUGGUGGACUUCGCGGUGGAGAUGCUAGGCAGCAGCAGCGUCGCGGUGGGCAGCACGGAGUCGGCUGCGGGCGGCGGGCGGGACGUCCGGCUGGGCAGGAUCGCGGGCAUCGCCGGCGGCGGCGUGACGCGGUCCGUGUCGUGCCACCAGAGCCUGUUCCCGUACAUGGUGUACUACUGCCACUCGGUGCCGCGCGUGCGGCUGUACGAGGCCGACAUCCUGGACGUAGACUCCAACCGGAAGAUCAACCACGGCGUGGCCAUCUGCCAUCUCGACACGUCCGACUGGAGCCCCAACCACGGGGCGUUCGUCGCGCUCGGCGGGAAGCCCGGCGAGAUCGAGGUCUGCCACUGGAUCUUCCAGGGGGACAUGACUUGGACCCUUAUUGAUUGA